AUGAGCGGAAGGACAGAGUUGGCGCGUGAAUUAGCCGCAUAUGACCUCUACGUCAAGGAAACCAAGGCUGCACGACUUUCCGAUCUUAAAGCGCUCACUAGUAGACAGGAAAAACCGAUGGACGACAGCACACUCAUGCAAGGCAGAUCUAAGCGGCAGAGAGUACGCGCGCCAUCUCCACCCAGCAAGCGCGCGCGGCGCAAAAUUAAAGACCAACAACCACAAGUACACCUCAGUGACGACGACUGCGAUGAAGCUGAGCUAGAUCGAGCAGAAUUCAGGAAGAAUGACGGAGGUGACGACAUGGUCGAAGAGCAAGCAAUGCAAUACCCAAUCGCUACUAUUGAGUUAUCGGAUAAUGAAGACCUCUGCAGGGAUGCUUUCCCCAUUCCUUCAUCACGGCCUUUAUUUUCGAUCACAAAAACGUCGCUCAGCAGGGUCGAGGAUCCUCAGGGAAAACUCGACGAUGCUGCUAUUUGUGGCGCCUUAGAAGUUCUACAACAAGUCGUAGGACGUGACCGACUCCGGUAUGUGGAUUCUUUGCAUGUUGAUGCAUCGGACCAUAUUAUGACAGACUUUGCGUCUGCACGGAUCCUCAUUCCGAUCCAUCUUCCGAAGACAGAUCACUGGGCAUUGGCAUUUAUUAAAGAGUUUCGUGAAGAAAUCGAUGUCUACGACUCAUAUCCGCUCCUAGAUGAUCAACGUAGCGUUCAGGAAAAGAUUCUAAAGUGGUACAAGAUAUCCUUUGGAGAUCACAACAAUACGGAUGUCACAGUCACUGCACCUUGGUGUCAGACAGAUAAUUUCGAUUGCGGCCUCAACAUUUUGAUUUUCUCGUUUUACUUGGCGGGUGGUAAAUCUCCGCCCAGUAGAGCAGACAGUAUACACUGGCGCCGUCUAUUGUCUCAGCUUCUUCAGCCUUUAUCAGAGCAAGAGAACGAGAUCGUCCACAGCAAAGACAAGAGCAUUAAAUCUGUUCCAGUAGAAUGUGUUCCCUUCAUUAUGCCCAUACCACAAUUUCCAACCUCGACAGAAGUCUCUAGCAGAGGCAGCGCGACAAUUGCCCAGAUCCAGGUCAUGGCAACGGAAUACCAUAACUUCAUGAAGAAUUUACCCUCGAUUGUAGGAGCAACCACCAGACCCACUACCAAUAAAAGAAUCCACGCACGUAUCAUUGAUACGCUUGCUCUUUUGAGAAAUCUUAUGAGUUUUGCUGGGGAAGAUCCACAGUGUUUGGCAGUUCGGGAAGCUGUAGUCCGUAUCUCGCGUGCUAUAGCCUAUUUACAGCAGGCUGCGGAAAUCAUCAAAGCAGAACCGUGGAAAACUCAGGGCUAG